CAGAGAAGCUGGUAACAGAGACGGUUGAGAAACGAGACUAUUUUGGCUAAAGCAACUUAUUUUUAAGAAAAGAGAUUGUAAGUAAUCUUUUUUAUUUUUAUUUUUAUUUUUUACUACAUAAUGUGCAAAUCUUCACCACCAUGUCUGACAACAACUCCAAGCCGAAGUCCAUGAGCAGAGCGAAAGGAUGGACGGCCGAUGUGGAAAACCUAUUCAGAUUCCAGCAGGCAGGCUACAGAGAUGAACUGGAGUACAUACAAGUCAAACAAGGGGCCUUGAUUGACAAAUGGCCAGAGACCGGCUUUGUGAAGAAGCUCCAACGUCGAGACGACACUUUUUAUUACUACAACAGGAAGAGGGAAUGUCAGGACCGUGAUGUCCACAAAGUUAAAGUCUAUGCAUAUUGAUAGUGCGCUGGACUUCAACUGGUAGCCUGUCAACAGAUACACCCACUUUGAUGAAGAAUACGGCCACUGUGUUUUCAGUAAAGGAAUUUUAAACUGCA